AUGGAUGGCACCCAUGACACACACAGGGCCUUUGCCCUAGAUUUUGCCGAAGAUGCCCUCGCCCUCGACGAGCAUUUUGAGGCCGAAUUUAGCCGUCUCUUUGCCCAAGGCACCAUGUCUUCAGAUGCUUACUCGGCGCAACCUUCGAUGGUUGGAGACUGUCAAGAUCAUCUUCCGUUACUCGAGGACAAACGUUCUGAAGACCAUCCCAUGCGGACACAGAGGAACGCGGCGGCGGCACUCCAGGGCGUGGCGCAAGCCUCAGAGUCACUCGCACCUGCCCCUGCUUCCUCAAAUCGGCCGUUGCAAAGCACUGCAAAGGCAGGCAGCUGUGUCGCGUGUUCACUAAGAAAGGUCAAGUGCGAUCGCAAAGACAAGCUGCAACAAGGUCUACAAGGACAAGCUCUUGAUAUCAGCGGAGAUAUCGCUUGCUCUAGUUGCAUCAGUCAUAGUAUACCCUGUGUGGUCAAAGACCGGGAUAAGCACAAGGGGAAACCAAGGUUAGGUGCCCGACUCAAACAGCUCAAGUCACAGGCCGCGGUCACCUCCCCUUACCAGGAGCAGCCUCGACUCUACUUGCCCCAGCUAAAUUCAAAGGCGGUCAGAGAGACUUCCGCCCGAAUUCGGACCAUCGACGGGCCGUCAAAUAUGAGCCUCGGAUAUGCAUACUCCAUUCUGGGCGUACCCGGCCUAACAAGACCCAUUCUUGACGCCAGUCUACAUGCUUUUUUCAAGUGGGUAGCUCCUACCGCACCCAUUGAUGGUGUCCGAUUCACCAAGGGCUACCAAGCGUUUUGGGACAUAGCAGAGGGGAAGCAGCCCCGCGAUCGUCCAGUAUCGAUUGAGCUAGUACUAGCCUUGGCAGCAACUGGCGUGGCUCAAAUUGAGUCCGAAGAUGGCGUCUACAUUGGGGCGCUCGACAAAUUCGAAUUGCAACACCGCUUGUUACUCAGAUUUGUCAAGCAAACUACAGCGCAGAAUUGGAACCGUAGGGAUGAUCUGGACGCAAUCGAGGUCCUUGUGGCAGUCUACCUGACAAAUUUACUAGACCUCCAAGAUGCUGGUGAAGGUAUACCACAGGCUGGCACCUCUGACACGAAGAGACCCAUGUCGGACGAGGCGAUUGCUUCGUUGGUCAUGAAGCUCGGUUUGAAUCGUGCACCCAAAUUGGAGGUGCGAGCCCCGGCGAAUGGUGCACGAUGGCGGACAGGAAGAGGGGCAGAGCUCUUGACUGAUAGCGAAGCGUGGUAUCGCAGGCGCGUCUUCUUCGGUAUCUUCUUACAGGACGGCUUCAAGUCUAUGGGUAUGAGGAAGCCAACCUUCUUCCCGAAUGACUGCCACGAUCACGAAGUGAUCCUUCCUCGACGCCCUUCACGCGAUGGCGAAUUCUCCUCCGAUGGACUCCAUGCUCGCAUGCAAUGGCCUAGCGAUAAGGAGCACUCGUACAUUGAGGCGGCUUUGGCGCAGCACAACUCUCGUUUCUUUUUCUCAGUUCGAGAGCACGCGCCUUUGUUCGUCUCUGUGCGCUCUCAAGGACUCGGCGUCCCUUGCAAUGGCGCUCUCAGGGCUCUCUACGGGUGGCAAAAGUGGUAUGCUGGAAUACCGGACAUCCUCAACAUUGAUCGGCUCAUCCCUGAAGAUUGGGCAAAGGGCAAAGCUGUCAGACCGGUAGAUUAUCAGCUAUUUACUACCUUGCGUGUUGUCUUUCUCAACCUUCUCUUCCAUUCUCAGAUUCUUGCCGCCGCCACGGCGGUGACCGAUUUUGGUCUGAGAGAAGACGAGGUAGGGACUGACCUCACCGCCGCUCAUAUGAUUUUCGAGGAGGCCGCUUUCCGCAGUCUCUCAACAGUUGCCAGCCUGAGCAGAAGAGCUGGAGAAGUAGGUCUCUUGCGAGGCUGUCCAGUCGUUACGCGUAAUGCGAGUGCAAGCUACGCCUUGUGGGCCUGUGACAAGGUCCUGAAUACACUGUCGACCGAGAGUGAGGCAAGUAUGCAGUCUGGACCCAUCAAGGGAAUGACAAAUGAAGAAGUCCUCUUCUGCACAGAGGAGAUAGCCUUUGGAGUCAGCACUGUGGAUUCUGCUCAGGAUACUCCGCAGAUACAUGCCUUCAUCGUGGAGAAGAUUGCUGCCGUCAGAUCUCAGGUGCUAUCCAUAGGCGGGGUAGCAACAGCUGCAUCGCAUUCACCCUUCUCCGUGGAGGGCUGCAGCGAGCACGAUGAUGUGGCCAGAUUCCUUCAGCUCAGCACUUCUGAUUCGGACGAUAGCAAUCGAACGCUGGUAGGAGCGGGACAGCAGGACUUUGCUGCCGAGGCCACUUCGCAAUACCCGGUAUGGAGCACUGGGGCACCAGGUUCCAAUCUGGCCCCCGAGCAAGGGGCCCCAUCUCCGCACCAGCGCUUCAUGAAACAUCGCUUCGAAACCAUCAGCACACAAUCGCCGGCACCAUCUCUUCACGCGAAGGGCAAGGAAGGGAACAAGAGCGCUGCAGUCAAUGCCGUCGCUUGCGCAGCUUCUGAUGCCAGCAUGGCGGUCUCCCUUGAGGAGUUCAUUGAGAGUAUGAAUUCGUCGUAG